AUGAGAACUCGAGCGCGCCUGGCGUUCGAGCUGUUCGUCUGGCGAAUCAACGCCAAUCGCGUCGAGCCAAUCGUAGGCCCUGAUCUGUCCCCAGAGGCUGUCACCCCAGCCUCCCACCCCGACCCCUUCCCCACCCUGGCCAAGGGCGCCCCCCUGCCCGAGGGGUAUGGCGAGCCCCCCUCUGCUCCCCCAAAGCAUCGACGCUCAGGCAUCAUCCUGCACCCCACCUCCCUCCCCGGUCCCUACGGCAUCGGGGAGAUCGGGGAGGAGGCCUUCCGUUUUGUGGACUGGCUGGUGGCGUCCGGGCAGCAGAUCUGGCAGCUCCUGCCCCUGUGCCCGCCGGAGACCGAGUAUUGGUCGCCCUACUCCGGCCUGGAUGCGCUCUGCGGCAACCCGCUCCUCAUCCCCUUGAACGGCCUCAAAGACCUGGGGCUGCUGAAGGAGACGGACCUCCCGGUCCCUUCCCCGCCAGGCGACGCAGACUUCCCUGCCGUCUACGCUGCCAAGAUGCCGCUGCUGGAGAAGGCCGCCGCGGUGCUGCUGGCCGACCCGGCGAGGUUUGCCGACCUGCACACGGAGAUGGCCGCGUUCCGCCAGGAAAAUGCGUGGGUGGAGCAGUCGGCGCUAUUCAGCGCGCUCACCGAGGUGCCGGGCCUGGCGGGACUGGCCUGGUGGGACUGGCCUGAGGGCGUGCGCGACAGGCACCCGGCCGCGCUGGAGGCCGCGCGGCGCGAGCAUGCCGGGCGCAUCGACGCCUUCAUCGCCCUGCAGUACCUCUUUGACCGCUUCUGGAAGGCGGUCAAGGCCUACGCCAACGAUCGGGGCGUGCUGCUGAUCGGGGACAUGCCCAUAUACGUGGGCGGCCAGUCCGCGGAUGUCUGGGCCAACCGCACACUGUUCGCGCUGGGGCCAGACGGCGCGCCCGUGGAAGUCUCUGGCGUGCCCCCCGACGCCUUCUCCGACUCGGGCCAGCUGUGGGGCAGCCCCCUCUACGACUGGCAGGCGCACAGCGAGGACCGGUACCGGUGGUGGGUGCAGCGCUUCCAGCGCAGCCUCCAGCUAUACGACGAGACGCGGGUGGAUCACUUCCGGGCCUUUGCCGGGUACUGGGCCGUAGGCGCCCAGGAGGAGACGGCCAUGAACGGCGUGUGGAAGAAGGGCCCGGGCAUCGAGCUGUUUGAGGCGCUGGAAGCGGCGCUGGGGCACGUCCCCAUCUUGGCAGAGGACCUGGGUGUGAUCACGCCCGACGUGACGGCGCUGAGGGAGGCCAUCGGAGCGCCGGGCAUGGUCGUGCUGCAGUUUGCUUGGGGCGGCGGCGCGACCAACACCCACCUGCCACACAACAUCUACCAGAACAGCUUCGUAUACCCCGGCACGCACGACAAUCAGACGGUGCUGGGCUGGUACAAGGCCGGGUGCCGGCCAGAGGAGGCGCGCCUCAUUGCGCGAUACAUCGGCGCUGAGGCGGGACAGGACAUCUCCUGGGCGUUCAUCCGGGAGGCCUUCAAGUCUGUCGCUAGGACCGUGGUGGUGGCCAUGCAGGAUGUGAUGCGCCUGGACGACUCCGCAAGGAUGAACACUCCGGGCAAGGCGGCGGGGAACUGGGCGUGGCGGGUGGGCGGCAGUAGCAUCUGGGAUGAGCUGCGUGCUGAGUCAGCAGACCUCCUGGCCAUCACCCAGAUGUAUGAUCGCCUGCUUCUGGACUGGAAGGCGCCUGGGACCAAGGACGCCGGGACCCCGGAGGCGGAGUCAGUGAGCGAGGUGGAGACUGUCGCGGAGGCGGCCGCGGCGUAG